UCCUGUUUAUGUCAAAAAAACACACACAAAACUUUAUUUUAGGAAUAUUCUAUAAACAUAUUAGAUUUCAUUCUAUAAACAUAUUAGAUUUCAUUCUAAAAAUGUACGAUUUGUUAUGUGUCAAAUUAUUUGACGUAUCCAAACUUUUAUGCAGAAUAUAGUGACUUUUUACUUUAUCUACCCUUGCAUUAAUAGUUAUGAUGGAGAGCAAUUGUAUAUUAAAACAAUGAUAAACAAUUUGCUUAAUUUGUGUGCAAUCCUCUAAAACAUCAACUAAAUAAAAACAUAGGGAGUAAUGACUAAAUCAAUGAGUAAUUAAUGUGUUAAUGGCAAAAGAUGUAAUAAAAUACAUAAAAAGGAGUUAAUAAAUAUAUGCGGAAUUAUUAUUUGAAAGACAAAUAAUGAUGUAAUUAGGAUGGGUGAAGAAAAUGUAAAAGCUGUAAUAAAAUAUUUUAAACAUGUAACUUUUGUACUUCUAUUUUAAUAAUAUAUAUAUAUAUAAAGUUUAAAAAUAAUUAAAAAGUGAUUCAAAAUAUAUGAAUAAGUAAAUAUAUGUACUAUGAAUAAUUACAGAAAAUACAUUUGAGAUUAUCUGGUGAAAUGGUUAUCUAUAUUUUAGGAAUAAUCUAAAAACACAUUAGAUUACCUUCUAAAAUGUAUAUUUUGUCUAAAAAUAAAUAAAUUAUUUAGAAUAGCGAAUUAUUAACCAUUUGAUUAACAUAAUAAAAAAGAGUCAGUAAAUCAAUUAUUAAUUAUUUGGAAUAACGAAUUAUGUAAUUUUUAUGCUUGUUUUAAACGACAAAAAGAAUUAAUGAUGAAAUCUAUGAGUAGUUAAUAACUUAAUAUGUUAAUGACAAAAACUAGAAUAAAAUAUAUAAAAAGAGAAUUCAUAAAUAUAUGUCAAAUUAUUAUGGUAAAGACUAUUAGUGAAGUAGUUAAGAUGAUUGAAAAAUGUAAAAACUGUAAUAAAACAACUUAAAAUUGGUAAAUUGUGUUUCGUAUUUCUGUUUUAAUAAGAUAAAAUAUUUAAAGCUUAAAAAUUAUUACAAAUUAUGGAUAAGUAAGUAUUUUUAUUAUGAAUAAUUACAGAAUCUACAUAUGAGAUUAUGUGGUGUACUGGUUAUCUAUAUUUUAGGAAUAUUCUAUAAACAUAUUAGAUUGCCUUCUAAAAUGAAUAGUUUGUUUAAAUAUAAAUUAAUUCGUUCAAACAGCGAAUUAUAAACCAUUUGAUUUAAAUAUUUAAAUUUUAGUGAGUAGUCGAAAUAUUAAUUAGUUAGAAUAACGAACUAGGUAAAAAUAUUUCUGGUUUUUUCAAUGAUAAAAAUAAUUAAUGAUGAAAUCUAUGAAUAGUUAAUAUGUUAAUGACAAAACUGAAAUAAAUACAUAAAAGAGAGUUAAUAAAUAUCUGCCAAAAUUAGUAUGGUAAAUACAAUUAAUAACUAGUUAAAAACCGCAAUAAAACAUUUUAAAACCGGUAAAUUUUAAUUUGUACUUUUGUUUUAAUAAGAUAGAAGAUAAAUAGAUGUCUUUAAUUUCAACGUGUGUCUUUAUGAUUUCAUAGCUAUUAGAAAACACAAAGAUAAAGAAAGUGAAGACGGAAAUUGUUAAUCUCUUAUUUGUUAAAAAAGGAGAAAUGUUUACUCGUCUUAAAAAGAAAGGAAAUUGCUAGGUUAUACUGAAAAAAAUACAGUUCUGUCACCGACUAAAAAGAUCUAAUAAACAUAGGGGCGACUUAACAAUAUAAAGGAUUCUUGGGCGAAAACAAUUUUUAGUUCUCUAUAAUUAAUUAAUUUUAAUUUUAUCAUCAUAAUAUUAUUAAAGUAUAUAAAACUUAUCUAACAUUAUUAAUUUAUUUGUAUUUUGUAAAUAUAAAAAAAACAGACUAUUAUGUCUUUUAAAUAUUGUGUAAAUAUGAGAUUGUAAGUGGAAAAAGAAAAGUUAGACCCUUGCUGUCAUAAAAAAGAAAAAAAAAUCUGGGUCCUUUAUAGUACUAAAUUUGCUUGAUUUUAGGUGGGCCCGUGCGAUUCCACUGUUUGCCCUCCUACCUAAGCAUUGGAGAAACAGUCUGGUCCUUGUGUUAUAAAUAUAAGUAACCCUGUAGGCUAGAGCAAAUCAGCAACAACAAAAAGCUUUUAACUCUCUUUCGCCUACUGAUAUUGCUUCCGUAAGUAGUCAUGAAACACAAACUAUCCCACGAAAUCGAUAACUACCCUGAAUCAGACGAUGCGGGCACACUCAGAGUCACGGCUAAGAUCUUUGGCCAAGAUGAUAACUCGACAUUCACGACUCUGUCCCUUGCCAAAGACUUCUUAGAUGAUGAGAACGAAGAGUGUAAAAGCAAAGAAGACUUGAACUACUUCUUGUUGGAAGCCGGAAUCACCGAAGAUGUUAUCCAUAAUGCGAUAUUGGAGCUAAUUGUUUAUGUUGAUGAGGUAACAUGCCCUGAAAGUAUCGAGUACUCUCCUGGCUGUGCUUUGAAAGUUCAGUUGGAUCUUGUUCCUGAUCAUCUCGAUGAUGAUGAUGAUGACUCUGAGAUUCAAGAAGCUGCUCAAGUCUCGUUUGAUGAUACUAGCAAUAUCCGGUUUCGACCAGCUAGCAAGCUCGUGGUCAAGUCGCUACCCAGGAAAGUAUACAAGAAGAAGAACGAGAACAAGAAGAUGGUUAGCUUGGAAGAGUGCAGGAUUUGUUUGCAAGAGUUUAGCAAUGGAGGAAUGGUUGUGACUUUAUCAUGUGGACAUGAGUUUGACGAUGAGUGUAUCGUAAAGUGGUUUGAGACCAGUCAUGUUUGUCCAUUGUGUCGUCUCGAGUUACCUUGUCAAGAUGAUGAACUAUAGCAUGUCAAGAUUGUUGGGUUGAACUCCGAUUGCUUAUUGUAAUACAUCAUUGUUUAAAUAUCAUUUAAAUCUGAUAUUGUUGUUUUGUUACUUCAGAGUAUGUUUUUAUGUAGUAUCAACAUACCAUCUUUUGUUGUCUCAAACACCUGGCCAACAUCAAUAUAGGAACAAUAUAUAAUCAAUUAUCAUUUAUACAAAAUAUAAGGUUCCUAGACAACAUCUUUUACAU